UACACUAGAUCAUCAUUGAAACUAAUAUUUUGACAAUAGAGUGCAUAUUGAAUAGAAUUGAAACACUUUUCGCGUAAUUUAUCGUCGUAGAUGCAACAAGGUAAAAUGAAAGAGUUCUGGUUUUUUAAUGAGAUUUUUAGCGGUAGGAAUUGCACCAAAUUUUUAUUUUAUUUUAUUUUUGGCGGUUUUUAUUGCUCACAGAAUAUACAUAUAGGCGCUACUUUUUUUGGACCAUAACACUUGCUAUGAAAUACUUUCGAACAUUUAGAACAAAAUUCCUCAUCAUCACACUAUACAUGCUUUUAACAUCGCCCACAUAAAGUAUCUAUUUCCAAUUCAUUUGUAUCUGGAAACGUAUUCUUUAACUCAAGACAACGAGUGCAUGUCCAUUUUUUAGGUUUCCGUGUCAAUUUAGGUCUCUAAACUAUGCCACAAAAUAUUACCAUACAAGACAGAUGAUAUACAUCUUCGCAUAUUCCACAUCCAACUGACUUUUAUCUUAUUAUCCAAGAUUUGCAUUCAGCACACACUUUAUUCUUUCUGA